CGGCUGCCUGCCCAGCAGCUCUCGCCAUUGUCUCGGACGUUCCAUCCUAGAACGUCGCAGCUUCCAACGUUCCAUUCCAAGACCACCCAUCACGCGAGAACCAUGAGGGAGAUUGUACACAUCCAGGCUGGCCAGUGUGGCAACCAGAUCGGAGCCAAGUUUUGGGAAGUGAUCAGCGAUGAACAUGGAAUUGACCCAACAGGGACUUACCAUGGGGACAGUGACCUCCAGUUGGACAGGAUCAGUGUCUACUACAACGAGGCCACAGGUGGUAAGUACGUCCCCCGUGCCAUCCUGGUAGAUCUGGAGCCCGGUACAAUGGACUCUGUCCGCUCUGGUCCCUUCGGACAGAUCUUCAGGCCCGACAACUUUGUCUUUGGUCAAAGUGGUGCUGGUAACAACUGGGCCAAAGGCCAUUACACCGAGGGAGCAGAGUUGGUAGACUCUGUUCUAGAUGUAGUGAGAAAAGAGGCAGAAAGCUGUGAUUGUCUGCAGGGCUUCCAGCUCACUCACUCCCUAGGUGGUGGUACGGGUUCUGGAAUGGGAACACUUCUCAUCAGCAAGAUCCGUGAGGAGUACCCCGACCGAAUCAUGAACACAUUCAGUGUAGUGCCCUCACCCAAAGUAUCUGACACAGUGGUAGAACCAUACAAUGCCACUCUCUCAGUGCAUCAACUGGUUGAGAAUACAGAUGAAACCUACUGCAUUGACAAUGAAGCCCUCUAUGACAUCUGCUUCCGUACCCUUAAGUUGACAACACCUACAUAUGGAGACCUCAACCACCUGGUCAGCGCCACCAUGAGUGGUGUCACCACCUGCUUACGUUUCCCUGGUCAACUCAAUGCUGAUCUCCGCAAGCUUGCAGUCAAUAUGGUCCCCUUCCCACGUCUUCACUUCUUCAUGCCCGGAUUUGCUCCUCUGACCAGCCGAGGCAGCCAACAAUACCGUGCACUGACUGUGCCAGAGCUCACUCAGCAAGUGUUUGAUGCUAAGAACAUGAUGGCCGCAUGUGAUCCACGCCAUGGCCGUUACCUGACAGUAGCAGCUGUAUUCCGAGGACGUAUGUCCAUGAAGGAGGUGGAUGAGCAGAUGCUGAAUGUGCAGAACAAAAACAGCAGCUACUUCGUAGAAUGGAUCCCCAACAAUGUCAAGACAGCUGUGUGCGACAUCCCACCAAGAGGCCUUAAGAUGGCGGUUACAUUCAUUGGCAACAGCACUGCCAUCCAGGAGCUGUUCAAGCGUAUCUCAGAGCAGUUCACAGCUAUGUUCCGCCGCAAGGCUUUCCUGCAUUGGUACACAGGAGAAGGUAUGGACGAGAUGGAAUUUACUGAAGCAGAGAGCAACAUGAAUGAUCUUGUCUCCGAGUACCAGCAGUAUCAAGAUGCUACAGCUGAGGAAGAGGAAGAUUUCAAUGAGGAGGCUGAAGAGGAGGCUUAGAUUAUCUCCAAUACCAACAUCUCUCUUCUUCUCCAUCUUUCCUCCUUCAUUCUCAGGCUGAGAAAAGUCCGAACCGAAGAUUAGCAUUUUUUUUUACUCCAUCUUUUUUCCAUUUCUUCCUGUUUUUGCUCUUCUGUUUCUAUUUCUCUUCUUUAUCAUUCAUGCUCCAGAAAUAUUGUGUUGGUCAAUGGGGGUAGGCCCUGACUCUAGUGGGCUAUGAUUCUGGCUUAGAGGGACACUCCAGACUCGUAAAGCACUUUUGCUUGCUGGAGUGCUUUCUGUGUGAAGAGUGUGUCUUCUUUUUUUUCAUUUUACAAAAAGUGCAUAUUUCAAUAGAAAUUGGCAUUUUAUAUCUUAAUCUUGCUACACAUCCUGGCUGUCAAUUUGAACAGUGGAGUGUCCCUUUAAGGGUUGAAGGUAGGUCUUUGGCCUUAACAUGCAGCAAGUAAGCCUCAUUUGGCUUCUGUACUUAGAUAAGGAUUCGCCAAACAUUGUGGGUGUUUUUUUCCAUCAUUGCCUAUUUUUCCCACAAUGUUCUCACCUCUUCUGUGACUGAGUGCUGGUCUCUACAGUCGCGAAUGGGUCAAAUUCCAAUUCUCGAGUAAAGCCCUCAGAUUGUAGGAGAGUCUGGUAGCCUCCUGUCGUGUUCUGUGCUAUUCUAGGCCUUGUUAAAGUGUUUGGUGGUAAUGUCUGUGUUUCCUAUCCAUUUCCUUAAGUUAUUACUGUGGAUCCCCUCUGUGGUGGAUUCUACUACUCUUCUACCUGUCACUGCCUCUCCACUAGCCCUGAGCUAGAUUAGAUACAAUGGCUCUAUUUUUGCACCAUCCUUGGUUGGCUUUAAGAUAUUGGGCCUCAUUGACAAACAUUUGUCAUGCUUUGAGCAAUUUGAACAUGCUUUGAGCAGCUCUUUAUUUCCAAACAGAUGAGAUUGCUGAUCAAAAACAGGAUGCACGAUUGUUCCAACAGCUGAAAGAAGGGAGUACGCCUAUGAUUUAAAGCUAUGAGGGCAAGCCUAUGAUGUCUGUGAACUACACAUCCCCUGAUAGUCCAUCAACCUAAAGUGAGACUAAGCAUCAUGGGAAAUGGUCAGAAUCAUCUACGCUGUUGGAAAUAGAUUGAUAUAAAUAAAUAUGGAUACAUUCUAAUUUUAAAGGGGGUUGUGGGGAAGAAGACUUUCACAAAAUGGAACGUGGAUGUUUCAUGGUUUUUUGUUUCUUUCUCUCUCUCUCUAUAAUUUCUUUUCAUUCUUUCUUCUCUUGCUGUACCCAUGCCAGAAUUAUUUUUUAUUUUUACUGUUGCUUUUUCAUAUUGAAAAAUGACGAGCCUGUGACGAAAAAAAAAAUAAAACUUUUUUUUUAAAAUUU